AAUCACAAAUUAAAUGUUUUUCCUAUUUGCUCUGCAUAUGAAAGUUGAUCCAUUUUAGAGAACUUAUCGUGCUCAAUACAGGAAUAAAUUGAAACUCACAACAUACUGAUUUUAUCCUAGAAGAAAACUUCCUGUGCGGAUAAAAACCAGUCUCGUAUUGAGUGUUGUAGUGGUGGCAAUUUCCCUCUAUACAAAAUUUCUUUAUAACUCGGAAAGAGAGGAUCACAGCAGGGUUUCGUAACAUUUUGCCUGCAGACUCUGCCCAUUUUUUCUCAUCAGCAUCGGUGACAGGACAACACAAAUUUGUGCAGAAUCUUGAGCUAAGUUUUUUGCACUUCAUCAAUUAAAGGCCCCUAUGCAGCUCUUUGCCAAACAUGCAUACAAUAUUGACUACAGUUGAUGUGCAAACCAUUUGAGCCAACAAAGGAGUGGUCAGUCAGAGCAGAGGAAGAGUAGUUCCGAAUGGCUUCCAUUAAUACUCACGUGCCAUACUUUUGUAUAAAUGGACACAAGUAACUCGUCAAAUGAGAGUGGAAGUAAAAAGGGUUUGGAAGGCACAGGGUUGUCCCUCCCUGUGAAUUUACAUGGGAACCUAAAGAGUGUCCAUGAUGACAAUGAGCUUAAGGAAGUCUUCAAGCAUCUCAAGGCCACCAAGACUCCUGCUAUAAUUAGCUAUGGAGCUUCCUGGUGUUAUGUUUGUAGGGAUAUACUUCCUACCUUCUGCAAUCUCAGUAAUGAGUAUCCAAACUCUGUAUUUGUCUAUGCUGAUGUUGAUGAGUGCCCAGAAGUGACAAAAGACGUUAGAUACACACCAACAUUUCGAUUUUUUCGGGAUGGAGAUGUAGCAGAUGAAUUCUAUGGUGCUGGCCAGCAAAGGCUACGUGAUCGAGCAUGGUUGCAUUUUUAAGUUUUUAAGAAAACAUCUUUCUUUCAAAAUUAAAAACUCUAAGCAAUAUACCUCCAAGAAAAUUAUCUUCUGAAGCUGUUUAUAAUCAGUUUCAAGAAGUCAAAUGGUCAACUCUUCAGAGUUGCAACUAGCAAAUUUAUUAUGCAAGUUAAGCAUAUGUUUGGAAGUUGAUGACCUAAGACCAAAAGAUGCUCUAUGUCUGUAUCAAGAAGAUUAGAAUGCCAUUUUUCAAGUAGGUUUUGUAAAUCUACUCUAAGAUAUUUGAACUUGUCAUCUUCAUUUCAGAGAUGGGUAUGAAACUUCUAACUUUGACAGUAUGUUGGUGGUAUUCACUGUGAAAAUACGAGAGGCAUAGUUGUAAAUUUUUUUGAAGUAAUGAUUGCUGGUUGCUUGAAUA